AUGGCCAAACCAAUGUUUUUGGUGCUCUUUUUCCUGCUCGCCUCUCCUUGCUGCUGCUCCUCCUUAUGGGGAGGAUGCCCUCCUCACGAAUUAUCUGCCCUCAACCUCUUCAAACAACACCUGCUCGAUCCAUAUCAUUCCCUCGCAUCGUGGAAGGGCUUAUACUGCUGCUCUUGGAAGGGAAUCACCUGCCACAGCCUCACUGGCCACGUGACUCGUGUGGAUUUUACCACCUUUUAUUAUUCCUUGUCAGCAGUAGUGAGGAAUUCAAGCAGCCAAAUAUUCCCUGCUUUGUUCCAUCUGCAGCAUCUGGAGUACCUCGACCUCACUGGGAUUGACUUGUCCCCUCUUUCCAUCCCUUCACACCUUCCGAGCCUCAGCACAUUGACGCAUUUGAGCUUGAGAGGUUGUUGGCUUACUGGCCGAAUACCAAGUGAGAUUGGGAACAUGUCUCGCUUGACAUUUCUGGACAUCUCCUACAAUUCUUAUUUGGAGACGAGGCAGUCGAGCUCGUGGAUACGAAAUUUGCGAGGGUUGGAGCACCUUGGACUAGCAUAUGUGAAUCUGACAAGAGAUGUGGUAGAGAGUGUUGCUUCUCUUCCCAAUCUUACAUCACUUGCCAUGUCUGAGACGUCAGGUACACCUCUCUCUCCUCUUGGAAACCUCACCUCACUCUCCCAUCUUGAGCUUUUUGGUACGUACUUCACUCAGCAGCCGUUUCCCAUUUGGAUUUCUAACCUUACAUCUCUGGUUUCCCUCUACCUUACUAAGUACAAUAUCUCCAGUUCCAUGCCUUCUGCUGUUUUAAGCCUUCCACACUUGAGGAACCUUGGGUUGUUCAUAAACCCUGGUCUCAAAGUCAACCUCUCUUCCAUUGUGCAACAUGCUUUCCAGCUCAGUAGCCUUUAUAUUGUAAAUUCAGAUGUGGGAGGAGUGAUUCCAAAUUCUAUUGGAAAUAUGUCCUCAUUAACUGCCUUAGAUCUUUCUGAUAACAAUAUUAAAGGUAGACUUCCAGAUUCUAUGGGGAAUAUGUCCUUGUUGACCAGCUUAGAUCUUUCCUCUAACAAUAUUGAAGGCAGUCUUCCAGAAUCUAUGGGAAAUAUGUUCUCAUUGACCAGCUUAGAUCUUUCCUCUAACAAUAUUGAAGGCAGUCUUCCAGAAUCUAUGGGAAAUAUGUUCUCAUUGACCAGCUUAUAUCUCUCUAGUAACAAUAUUGAAGGCAGUCUUCCAGAUUCUAUGGGAAAUUUGUUCUCAUUGACCAGCUUAUAUCUUUCUUAUAACAAUAUUGAAGGCACUCUUCCAGAUUUUAUUGGAAAUCUCUCACGGCUUGAAGAUCUGGAUCUUUCCAGAAAUUCACUAAGAGGCAACAUUCCAUGGAGCUCUUUAGGUGGGCUAUCAAAACUUUCAAAGCUUUCUCUUGGUUCAAACCAAUUAAAUGGAAGCUUGCCAUAUACUUUUGGUAAUCUCUCAUCUUUGAUCAAGCUUGAUGUUUCAAAUAAUUCUUUAAGUGGCACAUUCUUACUCUCUCAACUAGAAAAUUUGACGAAGAUUUAUUACUUGAGUCUUUCUGAUAAUUUGUUGAGAGUGAAAGUUGAAGACUUUUGGAUCCCAAAAUUUCAACUUCAAGCUUUGUAUUUGAGUUCUUGUAAUAUGGAUGGUGAUUUCCCAUCUUUCCUAUCCACUCAAUACAACAUAGAGCAACUCAAUUUGUCCAACAAUUCUCUUGGUGGAAAUGUUCCUGAUUGGUUGUGGGGCCUUACAUCUUUCAACACACUCAAUCUCUCAUGUAAUCAAUUUGGAAGAAAUCUUUUGUCAACAAAGUUCGGUAAGUUGAGUGCUCAAUAUGUUGACUUACAUAGAAACAAGUUACAAGGGAAUGUUUUGGUUCCUCAUCGUGAUGUAGAAUUCUUGGACAUGUCCGAGAAUCAAUUUGAUGACAUCAUUUCAAAAAAUGUUGAUAAAUGUGGCGAGAGUCCGCUCAAUUAUUUGUCACUUGCGAAUAAUAAUAUGAGUGGUGUCUUUCCACAUUCUAUUUGUGAAGGAGAUCACUUGGAGGAUCUAGAUGUGUCAAAUAACAGGCUCAUAGGUAAUAUUUUUGCAAGUUUUGGGAAUUGCUCAAUAACACUAGAAGUGUUAAAUAUAGAAAAUAAUAAUUUGGAAGGUGAGAUUACGAGAAUGGUUUGUCUUCAAACGUUGAAAUUAGGAGGCAACAAACUACAAGGUACAAUUCCAUCAUCACUUCAAAAUUGUACUUCUUUGGAGAUUCUAGAUUUGGGAUAUAAUAACAUGCAGGGAACCAUCCCAAAUUGGAUAGGGAAGUUAAUUGGUCUUCGAAUUUUGGUGUUGAGAUCUAAUAAAUUCAAAGGUGGAAUACCCUUAGAGUUGACAAAAUUAGAAAAUCUUCAAGUCUUGAUUUUGUCAAAUAACAAUCUAUUUGGAGCUAUUCCAAGUAGCUUAAGAAACUUGUGA